AUGGCUUCUGUACCUCGAAACUUUGAACCACCAGAAGACUGGACAACCGAUCCCAAAGAACUCAAUGUUGGAUUUGUCUGGGGUAACGCAAACAGCCCUGGACAGGAGAUGGCCAGAGAGCACGGCCUAAUUGAUCCGCAGCCAAUUAUGUGCAGUAAGCCCCAUAUCGGCUGUGGCAGCGUCCUAUUCAAGUCCGGCGACAAGUUCUACAUAUGGGGUCAGCUAGUUGGUGAGGUCUUCGAGAUCACGUUAAGCCGGGAUUUCAACAAGAUCUUGCAGAGAAUGUACAAGUCGGAUACUUGUGGACUGAAGUUGAAGGCGUGCUAG